GCUCUGAGGCUGCGCAGGGAAGCUGCUAGCUGUCUAUGCUAGCUGUUAGCUGUUAGCUCGUCGAGGCGCUAGUUUCUGGUUGAUUCAGUCCGCGGGAGUUCGAAGCGGUUCCGGUUCCUCGGGUCUGAAGCUGAAGCGGAUCCGCGUCGGGGGACUGAUGGACGGGGAAGAGGAGGACUUCAUGUCCGGGGCCCGCUCCGAUGACGGCGGCGGCACUCCGGUUCAGGACGAGCACCCGGGGUCAGACGGCGAAGACGUGAGGAGCGAGGGACACGAGUCUGAGGACGAGGACGGCCCCCCCGCUGCCCAGCUCGGCGGGGACGCCAGCGGCUCCGACCGCGAGGAGCGCACAGCGGCCGACAGCGACUCGGAGGGGGAGGCGCCCGGGAGCCAGCACGACCACGACAAGAGCGACUCGGAGGCGGAGCCUCCUCGUCCUGCCGACAGCGACGGAGACUCGCCGGUCAAACACAGGACGAGUGGGUCGGAGGACGAGGACUCGUCCCCCGUCAAACACAGAGCGCCGGACCACGAGGAGGGGGAGGGGUCGUCUCCGCCUCCUAAACGCCGGGGGAGUAGCUCGGACCAUGAGGAGGGGGGGAAGGGGGGGGACCGGCCCACAGCGGCCGCGGACAGCGACUCAGAGGACGAGGACAAACCCGCGGCGUCCAAACAGUCCGACGCCGACAGUGACUCUGACACAGAGACGCACGCCAGACGGGCGGCGCCACAGAUAGACUCCGACCAGGAGGAGGGGGGGGAGGAGAGGAAACAGGAAGGAGGGGGGGGGAAGUGGAACGCUGUGAUGCAGUCUGACAGUGAGGAGGAGGAGGAGGAGGGACGGAAGAGGAAGGCUGCAGCAGGAAGCGACGGAGAGAAGCAGGAAGAGGAGGAGCCGAGAGACGACAGCGAGCACGAGGAGAAGCCAGUGAAGAGGAAGAAGGCCGUCCUGUCAGACAGUGAGGAUGAGGAGAAACCAGCAGUGAAGAGGAGUCGGGCGGUGUCGGACGACGAUGAGAACUCUGACAGCGACGCGGCGCCGGGCCGACCCGACAAGAGUCUCGCCGCCAAACUGCGCGAGCUGGGCUCGGACAGCGGCAGCGAGGACGAGGGCGCCAAGGCGGAGGCGGAGCACAAGGACGAGAAGGCGCUGUUCGGCAGCGACAGCGAAUCGGGAGACGAGGAGGAGAAAAUGAUCGCAGACAUCUUCGGGGAGUCUGGGGAGGAAGAGGAGGAGGAGUUCACGGGCUUCAACCAGGAGGACCUGGAGGGGGGGGAGCAGCAGAACAAGGAGGAGCAGCAGCAGCAGGAGGAGGAGUCAGAGUCGGACGAGGGCGUCGACCGCAGCGGCCAAGACACCAGCUUCAUGUCGGACUUCGACAUCAUGCUCGCUCGCAGGAAGGCGAUGAACAGCAAGAGGCGGAAGCACCGCGACGGAGGAACGUUCAUCAGCGACGCCGACGACGUGGUCAGCGCCAUGAUGAUGAAGAUGACCGAGGCUGCGGAGGAGGAUCGAACUCUGAACAGUCAGAAGAAACCGGCGCUGAAGAAGCUCACGCUGCUGCCGCACGUGGUCAUGCACCUGAAGAAACAGGACCUGAAGGAGACGUUCAUCGACAGCGGCGUGAUGUCGGCCAUUAAAGAGUGGAUCAGUCCUCUCCCGGACAAGUCUCUGCCGGCGCUGCGGAUCCGGGAGGAGCUGCUGAGGAUCCUGCAGGAGCUGCCCAGCGUCAGUCAGGAGACGCUGAAGCACAGCGGCAUCGGGCGCUCCGUCAUGUUCCUCUACAAACACCCCAAAGAGUCUCGGGCCAACAAGGACCUGGCGCUCAAACUCAUCAACGAGUGGUCGCGGCCGAUCUUCGGGUUGACGUCGAACUACAAGGGGAUGACGAGAGAGGAGCGGCAGCAGAGAGACCUGGACCAGCAGAUGCCUCAGAAGCGACGGCUGAGCUCCGGGGGUCAGACGCCUCGCAGAGACCUGGAGAAGCAGCUCACUGGAGAAGAGAAAGCCCUGCGACCCGGCGACCCCGGGUUCUGCGCCCGGGCUCGAGUCCCGAUGCCGUCCAACAAGGACUACGUGGUCCGGCCCAAGUGGAACGUGGAGGGCGACUCCAGCAGGCAGGGUCCCAUGAAGAAAGGCGUUUCCCGCGUCGAUAAACAGAUGCGUCGAAUCGCUGACAUCCGGCGCCUGACGAAGCCGGGUCACGCGGUGAAGAUCAGCGUGGAGGGGAACCGGAUGCCGCUCUGAUCUUCACCUCCGGAGGAUUUAUACACUUCUUUUUCUUUUUAAUGUUUUGUUCCUGAACCCCCCCCCACCCCCCCCUCC